UGUACCCUAAUGCAUGCAUGUUAACACCACCAGAAAGCAUGGGAAAUUCCUGGUUUUUUCCUUAAAACACACCAGCAUUUUACUCGGCUUUGAAAUUAUAGUGGUUUGUAAUCUGCUGUAAAGUGCCAUAUAAAAGUAAUAACAUUAACAGUAAUUACAGGUAAUUGCCUGAUUGAUUCAGCUGCACUUUCACUAAAAAUUAUUUUUUUUUUAGCUUUUAUUGGUUUUCAAUCUGCUCUCUUAUAACUCUAAACACUGUAACUGUAAACAAAAAAAAAAAUAGUCGCUUCCUUUAAUAAUUGCUUUCUUGACCUAAUUUUAGAGUGCCAUUAAUUUACAACCUAAUCUACUACUUCUUUGGCUCUAUUUCCCUUUGAUGUAUUUAGCUUUGUUUCUUUGACUUUUGUUAUGUAACAUUAGAAAGGCAAAGGCUUUUUUUGAUGUAUGUUUUUCUAACCUUGUAUUUCCCAUGCAAACUAUUGCUUGGCUGCCUCCCGCUUCUCCAUCUCACUUUUCCAGCUGUGUCAGGGGAAGUUCAGCUUGGACAUUAGGAAAAGGUUCUUCACUGAGAGUGUGAUCCGUCACUGGAACAGGCUCCUCAGGGAAGUGGACCAAGCCUGUCAGAGUUCAAGGAGCAUCUGGGCAACACUCUUGGUCGUAUGGUUUAGUUUUGGUAGUCCUGCAAGGAGCAUGGAGUUGGACUCAUGAUCCUUAUGGGUCUCUUCCAACUUGAGAUAUUCUGUGAUCUCCACUAGGUGUCUUCUUUUACCAUAGUUUUGAGCAGUUCUUUAAGAAGGGCUGUGGUCAAAGUUUAAGUGUUGUGUUCCCUUCUGCAUGCAAUCCAUUGCACCUGAAUUUAUUGCUUCAUCUCACCACCCUUCUUGCACAUCGCUUAAUCUUUACAUUUUACGGCUUACUGCUUUAGCCUUCCCCACUGGUGGCUUCAUGGUGCUUUUGCUUUCACAGGUGUCGAAAAGGGUGGGGAAGCAUGCAGAGCAUACCUGAGAUGUUCAGUUCUGACAGUCAUCAUCUCCAUCUUCAGGUUAACACAAAUUUGAGCCCAUUCUCAAGUGGUCCAGCCUCACAGUUACCCUGGAUGCUGUAUGUAUGUGAGCACACACUGGCUAAGACCAAGUUCCUGAUCCUCUAGUAGUGCAGAGCCUGAGCACAUUCCUGCCCUGGCAGCAGCCUAGGCUCUCCCUUAUGUGCUUAAGCCAGCUCUAAGGCCCACUUACUCUUGCAGUGUGCAUUUGUGCUACAUAGCAUGCGAGUCUUAGAAUCACAGAAUCAUAGAACAGUUUGGGUUGGAAGGGACUUUGAAUUAUCAUCUAGUCCAACCCUCCUGCCCUGCUGGAGCAUCUUUUGCUAGACCAGGUUACUCAAAACCUCAUCCAACCUGACUUUGAACACUUCUACGGUUGGGGCAUCCACAGCUUCUCUGGAUAACCCAUUCCAGUGUCUCACCACCCUCAUCAUAACAAAUGUCUCCCUUAUAUCCAAUCUAAAUCUACCUUCUUUCAGUUUAAAACCUCACUUGAUGAUGAACAGACAUAAUGAAUAUAGUAAGUACUUUUGUCCCUUCAGCAAAUGGCAAAUGUCAGCAUUUUUCUCCUUGCUCAAUUUGCUGAUAAACGUGAAAAAGAAAGAGCCCACCAGUUCUUUACUGCCUACAGACUUUGCAACAUACUUGAUGCUUGGUUACUGUGCAGACUGCUAAACUGUGAAUCUGAAAGAAAAGACUGGAAACCCCCAAGUGUGCCCCCCACCAUUUAGGAAGAGCAGCCAAAUGUCUAGGACCUGUGUUUCUCUCACUCACUUAGGCUGCCUGUGUUCUUAACAAGUGAUCCACUCCAGUGAAUAUCCUGUGCCUUUUGUCCUCUUCCUCUCAGGUACUGCACAUUCCCGUGCUUUUUACUCACUGAAAUUCUCACAGGCUUUACAGGGACCUAAAAGACUUACCCCAAAGUGAGCGCUUGACACACAAAGUCUGUUCCCUUGUUCACCCUUAGAGCCCCCCCUCCCCGGUCAUCUCUCUCCCAGAGAUAUUCUUCCUGAGUGGCCCAAGGGGUAUUCCUUCCUUUGUACCUCAUCCCUUUUGCCUGGAUGUGAUGACUUCAGGACAGCAGAUGAUGGAAUCUUAAGUCUGCAUUUAAUGAAGCCCCAAUACCUUGCAAUUACAUUUUUGUCCCUUUUCCAGAGACAGAAGAAAUGCUAGGAGAGAAUUAGUCGUCUGGCAGGAUUUAUAAAUGUAUGCUGCAAUACCUACUCUCAAUAUUCUCAGCUCUGUGGGGAUAGGGAACUGUCUGGAGGUGAGAAAUGGAAGGGACAGGAGGGGAAGGCAAGGAACUGAGAGUCUUUUGACUUGUUCAGGACACUGUCAUGGAGAAUUUGUACUUCCAUGUUAAGAAGGGAAGUGGCCAAGUGAAGAGCUUCCCCUUCUCUCUGUGUGUGCCCAGGUGUAGUCGUCGUUUCCUCCUAAUUGACACAAAAGUCACACAGCUCAGUCUUCUGCGGCUUCCCACAGUUCUUGUCAGACAUGUGUGUUCUCUGUCCCUGCUAUGUUUUCUCCCUUCUCUCCGUAGAAAGAGGAAAUCACCUGUAGUUGUGUCUGUUCUAACGAGUACACUUCCUUUCUUCUCUCCACACUCAAAUGGUUAAUGCAAUGGAAGUGAAGAAAUUGUGAUUAUAUAGAACUUGGGAAUUCUGUUAUAUGGUGAAAAUUGCAUUCCAUUUAGAGAGAGUUAAAAUCCUGUCCAAGACAGCCACACCAUGUUCUGGAUAAAUGCCAGGGAGCACCCAUGCUUUUGUGGGACCCAGUCUAGGAAGUUAGCUUUCAAAUCCUGUGAUAGGAAGGGUGCAGACUAAGAAGUAAAGGUUGCUUUUUACUGAAUUUACUUCAAACCUAGUCCUGUAGGGUAGUCCUCAGGUAGAAUACGAGUUGUUGAAACUAUCCAACUGAUUUUCCUCUCCCCUACGUUAUGGUUAGUGUGUCAGUACAGGUACAUUAGUAUCAAGUCCACAGAAGCCACCAGAAAAAACUUCAGUGUUUUCCCAAACUGUGUUACUGCUUUGUUGCAUGAUUCCUGGUAAAACAACCUAAACUACUUAAACCUUGUAUUUGCCUUUAAAUGUCGGGCUUAUUCAAACCUAGGGAAACAAAGCUGGACUUCAGACUAAGCCAGCAAACAAGCUAAAUGACUGGGCAGUGUAGGUUUUAUCCUAUGUUAAUCAGCAGCUUUGACUCAUAAAUCAUAUGUGGAGUCCCACGAGAGUGUGGGUGAAAAACAGGAGCUUCCAGGCAUGUCCGGAGGAUAAGCAAUGGGAAUGAUACUGUCACUCUUGAUUGGGUUGCUGUUUCUCAGCUCCCUGGGGCCUGUGACAAAUCCAAAUUAAGGAUGCCGCUUCUCCAGGAUUUCUCCAUUUUCCUGUGUUUGCAUGGCAAGGAUUUACUUUCAGGGUAGCCAAAUACGAAAUGCAUGUGCAGACCAGGGAAGGUCGCUGCAGUGUUGGCAUGGGUGCUGCCAGGGAAAGGGCUAGGCUAGCCCCGGAGCUGCUCCUUCCCAUGGUGUAGGCGUUGUGCUCCAAGUCAGCCUUGUGAAUCCUGAAUGACAGGAACUGGGUGGAGCUGGGUCAUAUUCUCUACUUCAAAACCUUCCUGUUUGCACAGCCACAGCUGCCCCAGCUCAGCAGAAGGUAACUUUGGUGAGGAGCUAAGCCAAGCAUUCAACCUGAGGGAGCCUAAGUAGAGCACGUGUGAUCCGUAGACCUCAAAAGGCUUGGCAAUCGAGAUAGGAGUGACCUGAAGAUGAAACCCUCUGCCACCUACGAGCUGUUAGUGGACGGUGUUGGGCAAUGGGACUUCACUGGCAGUUUUGUUCCUUGUGAGCUGCUGCUUGUCGGAGAGGAUGCCUACCCUGUGCUUAUGAGCUCCAAGAAGCAGGUUCUGAUUGCCGUUUCACAGUAUGGGAAGGGCCGGAUGGUGGUUGUUUCCCAUGAAGGAAUCUUGAAGGACUCCAAGUUCUCCCAGUUCCUCAGAAAUGCUGUGGAGUGGCUCAAGCCUUCCCCCGAGGCCCUGGUUGGGGUCCAUCCUCAUCUGGAUUCCCUCUCCCAGCUGCUGCUCAGGGCUGGCACCGCAGUGCAGGCGGGGGCAGAGCUCAGCCCCUCGCUGGGGGUGUACUGUAUGGACGCCUAUGGCAGCGCACGGGCGAAAGACCUGGUUGGCUUUGUGGCGGGGGGGGGAGGGCUGCUGGUUGGAGGCCAGGCCUGGCACUGGGCUAGUCAACAUGGCAAGGAGAAGGUGCUGUUGGAGUUCCCUGGGAACCAGGUGACCAGCGUGGCUGGCAUAUAUUUCACGGGAAACGCUGUGGAGAAAGGCAUCUUCAAAGUCGCCAAGAAAAUUCCCAAGAUCCCAUUAAUUGUCCCGCACCAGGCCAACCUCAGCCUUGAUGUGGAGUUUCUCCUGCGUGGUGUGUCAGAGCUGGAUUUGGUGACAGGGGGUGUACCCUCCAUCUUGCUGGUGCAUGGUGUACUGUCCUUCCCGCUCUGCCUGGACAGCUCGCACCGCUGCUUCUUAGCUGCGGCACGCUACGGCCGAGGCCGUGUUGUGGUGGCAACCCAUGAGAGCCAGCUGUUCUCCCCAAAGCUGGCCAGGUUCCUACUCAAUGCUGUCUGCUGGCUGGAUGCUGGGAAAAAGGGGCUGGUGGGGGUGGAUGCCAGCCUGAAGAAACUGUGUAGCCUCCUCUCUCAGGAAGAGGUGAAGUCACAGGUGUCACAGCUGACAGGUGACCUGAGUGUGUACUGCUGCUCUUCUUACAGCGACAGAGAUGCGGAGAGGGUUCACGCUUUUGUGGCAGAGGGAGGUGGGUUACUGAUUGGAGGCCAGGCCUGGUACUGGGCUUCCCAGAAUCAUGGCAAAGCUGCUGUGGCAGAAUAUCCUGGCAACAAAAUCCUGAACCGUUUUGGGCUGAGCAUCCUGGGGCAGAGCGUCAAGGCAGCUAAGCACCCGGCGGUGGGCUCUGGGGAGCACUACCACUUCCGCAAGGCGCUGGCUCUUUUCAACAGACAUGUAGAGAAGCAUGAGGAGCUCAAGGCCCCCUUGAAGGACUGGCUGCAAAGGCUAGCACAAGACUGUGCUGCCUUUCUGCACAUCCCAGCCCAUGACUGCCCUGCAUAUGCCUCGCUCCACCGCAUCCUGACCAAAGUGCUUCAGAGAAGUGGGAUCCCACAUGUCAGCAGGCAAUGCCCUGUCAAGAGCAACUCCAAAGAAGCAGUCCUUCUCUGCAUGGCGACCGAGCUGUCCCUCACCAUGACGGACAGUGCAGCCCUAGUGCAGAAAUCUGCUGCUGGGGUCUGCACCCUCCCUGUCACUGUGGAAAUUGAUGGCACAAACCCAGGUAAGACAGCCUGGAGGAGUACAGGACUCUACCUACCUGAAGGGCAUACAGCAGUUAUAACAUUCCCAUGCCUGGCAGUCGGUGCUGGUCUGAAGGUGCAGAUUGGGUGUCACACGGAUGACCUCUCUCAUGCCACAGAGCUGAAACGGGCCCCAGUGGUAAUACGCACCUGUGAUAUUGCCUGCCAGAAACAGUCUGUUUCCUGCCUCUGGGGUGGCCUCAUUUACAUCGUCGUACCAGCAAAGAGCAUCCUGGGGAAAGUGCCCAUCACGGUAGAAGGGGCAGUCAGAGCUCCUUUCUUCAAGCUUGGGGAGACGUGUGAAAACCAGUGGAAGGACUGUAUCCGGCACUACCCUGCUCCCUGGGCAGAACUGGCUGUUGAGAAUCUCAUCCUGACGGUGCCAUCUGACAACAUCCGCCACAUGAAGAACCCACAGCCACUGCUGACCCUGUGGAAUGAGAUCAUGGUGGCGAUAAGCAAAUUGGCAGCCAUACCAACAAAAUUCCCAAGGCCAGAGAGGAUUGUAACAGAUGUCCAGAUCUCGUGUGGCUGGAUGCAUGCUGGCUACCCCAUCAUGGGCCACCUAGAUUCAGUGAAGGAGAUGUUAGACAUGAAGCACAUGCAAACUGCUGGUCUUUGGGGUCCUGUCCAUGAGCUGGGACACAAUCAACAGCAGCAAGCAUGGGAAUUUCCCCCUCAUACCACAGAGGCCACCUGCAACCUCUGGUCUGUCUAUGUUCACGAGGAGGUGCUGGGGAUUCCCAGACAUCAGGCCCAUCAGGCACUUAAGUCACAGUGUCGGGAGGCAAGGAUAAGAGAGUAUCUGAAGAAAGGUGCUCAACUGAAGAACUGGGAGAUGUGGACUGCUCUGGAGACGUACCUGCAGUUGCAGGAAGGGUUUGGUUGGGACCCCUUCACCCACCUCUUCUCUGACUACCAGAAAAUGUCCACCAUCCCAAAAGACAACCCUUCUAAGAUGAACUUGUGGGCACAGAAGUUUUCUCAGCAGGUGAAUAAGAAUUUGGCUCCAUUUUUUACAGCCUGGGGAUGGCCUAUCAAGAAAGAGCUGUCUGCGGAACUGUCCUCUUUACCCAGCUGGGAACAGGACCCAAUGAGAUCCUGUAGACCAUGAAGGAAAAAUAUCCAAACGUUGAUUCUCAUACUAUCUAUAGCGUAUCUUUUCGUCCCUGUAUGCUGCAUGGUAGCUCACUGGGUGCUUAGCUUUACACUGAAUUGCUGUCAGUGGAGGUCAGCCCCAACAGAAAUUAACAGAAACUUGUGUGCAGAUCAACAACCAUCUGAGGCAUCUUCUGAAGGGUUAAAUAACAAAUGAGCUUUGUUCUGGGUUCUUCACCUCAGGAGGAAUGUAACUGAGUAGAUUUGGUUCCUGCAGAACCUUUCUCUGCAGGAAGUUUUCAGGAUGGAACAGUCACUGAAGUGGUCUCGAAGACAAUACCAAUAGAAUAUGGAUCUUUAAAGCAAAUAGUAGCCUGCACAAUGUUGUAUUCUUCAGUUAUAAUCCCAGUAACAUGAGAUUUUCGCUAUGGGUUUAGUUACCCUAAAAUCCCUAAUUUUUAAUCACUCUAAGUGUGCAGAACUUCCACAACUAUUGUCAUGAAAGUGACCUUAUAACGCUUAUCUACAGCUUAUAUAAUACUGAAAUACUGUAGAUUUCUUCCUACAUUGUAUGACUGUGUGACCCAACACCCACCUUUAUGUGAAUAGUUUAAUUAUAAGUUGUAUCUGUCACUUAUCACAGCCUGGCAGCAAGAUACAUGCCGUGAAAGAUGGGAGAGUAGAAAAAAAGAGGUGACUUCGUUGUAGUCAGUUACGGUUUAACUCACGGACUCCUCAAAGGUUAAAAAAUAGGUGCUGACAUGACAGCAUGAGGGAGCAGAGAGGUGGAAGACAGCAGUGGACCAGCCUUUUCCACAGAGCAACAGAAGUUAACGGCUUUGCUAUUGUGGGAGCUGGUACGCAUGUUAAUGCUUAGCCUAACAGCUUACCAGUCCCAACCCAUUCCUUGUGUAUCAGCAAUAAAUAAAACAAUCGUUGUGGACUUACA